ACUUUUAUACUCCUCCAUCCCACACCCUGCUCGAAACAAGCUUCCCCAAUUAAACCCAACCAACCACCACCGCCGUCCAAAAAAUAGCCCGUCUCCACGAACCCAAACGCGACACCCACACCACCCCCGCUUCCCAGGACAACCGGAAAUACAGAUGGACGACGGAGAAGCUGUAACAAUCGCAUCUGCAGUCGUAGUGCCCGAGCACGAUGAUGCUAUGCCCUCCGGCUCCCCCGAGCGCUCGAAACGUCGAUGGCCAGGGGGAGCAGCAGUAGAAGCCGAGGCACCAAAGCGACAGCGACUCUCGGACGCGGGAGUCGGCGGCGGCGAGGCGGGGGAGGGGGAGCCGGACACACGCGAGAACCGGAGACAAAAGCGGAUGGAGGAGGAGAAGAAGCGGGGGAAGCGGCUGUUUGGCGCGCUGCUGGGCACGAUCGGACAGUUCCAGAAGGAGACUACUACUAGAGGCGCGCGCGCGGCGCAGGUCAAGCGGAAGGAGGCCGAGGCGAAGCUGCAGGAGAAGAUGAAGGCCCAGACGGAGGAGAUCGAUGAGCGCAGGAAGAGGGAGGAUGAUGUUGUCAACCUGAGGAGGAGGGUCGAGAGUAGGGACUUUGAGGAGCGGGCGAUGCACAUACGACAUGCCAACCUACUGGCACAGGCGAACGUACUGGCUACAAGGACAACACCGAAGUUGUUUUACCUUCCGUGGAAGCUAUUACCGUCAGAUGAGGAAGCCAUCAGGUCGCAGAUAGAAGCCGCAGAGGAGACCACCAGGACCCAGGAAGACGCCUUCCGAAAACUACGGGAGCAGGACGAGAUAGACAUGCAGGCGGCGGGAGGACUGGAUACCGUCGCGGACAACCUUGAUCCGACAAUCGAUCAACCGGAUAUCUCGAUCCACACACCGCCGCCCCACGACGAUAUCGCUGAGGAGUUGCAUGAUGGAGAGUUGGGUGCGCAGACUGAUGGACACGGCGAGAGCGCUGAUAGAAAUCCGGUGGCUACCCACGAAGAGAGGAGAGACUCCGACAUCGGUGAUCCGGUAGACAUCACCGAUGAUGGUGGGGAAGACACCGUUAUAUAUUAACGGAACUACGGGAAGACGGCGACAGGUGGAGAGUCGUACCGAGACAUGAUCUUACAAGAGACAUCUCAGGACUGAAUGUACAUAGUAUACCUAGUAGCACCAUUGGUUCGUGGAUCCGCUGCCAGAUGCCACGAAGUCUCUGUUAGUAGAGGACAGGAGUUUGUACCUAUUCCACAGAAUAUUUAAUGAGUUGGAUAAAACAUG